UAAAUAAUGACCGAGCACGAGGGAUCUGUUGCGCAUGCUCAGCCCAAAAUGGAUUUGUUGGAACUUUUGAAGGAAAUGUUGAACCACGACUCAGGUAGCUGUACAUUCCAGUUGUUUCACAUUGAAGGGAGAAGAUGUUUGUUCUGUGAAGUUUGCGAACAUGAGUUAGUCAAAUGGAAGGACCAACAUAAGGGAAUAUUUACUGUCAAGAUUGGGGACAUGAGAGGUAACAGGAAUCAACCGGUGCACAACGCUCAUUUUGAACUGUACAGAGAGAAUGUUGUUGCUAGAGACAGAGAUUGUCUAAGUGUCCGAGACGCAAGAGAUCGCAUGAAGGCAAAUCUUCGCAAUUGUUGCAACCCACCGAAAGAUAAACGAGGAAAAGCAGCAGAGCCUCGUUUGAUUUUUAUCAAUAAAACGAACGACGAGAACACUUAUCAGUUUGUUGGGAGGACUCCUUUACAAAACUUUCCGGAAAGGGAAGGUGCCUCGCUGCAUAAUUUUAACGUAAAUUUGGGUAACUCGAAUAUGGGUAUGAUGUUUCCAGAUCAUGCCCAUACUUCGUAUGAUGCCAGUUUGGCUCAAGAACAAGCUUCAAACGAUUACGCAUCUAACUUUGAAAUAACUGAGAAUGAGAGUUUUGUUACACAUACAAAUUAUAACCAGGAACAUCAACCUUUUCAACAUCCUAAUCGUCCUCAUGGUCAACCGCAGCCAAUGUUAAUGUAUGAUAACUUCAAUGAAGAAGGCUAUGCAGUAAUGCCAGUGAUCCAGUCAAAUGUCGUUCCUGUGGCUACGCAGAAUAGUGUGAAUUAUUUGGAGAACAGCAGCACUCUUGUAGAGACUGCAUCAGAUGAAUCCAUGGGAGAUCAAAGUUCAACUGGAGAAUUCAAUGCGACGAUGACAGGCGACUUUUCCAGUAUUGGAAACGAAUUACUGAGGACUUCAUCCGAAGAUUUAGCAAAUUUGCUUGAAAAUAUCGACGAAAGGACUCUAUUCCAUUUUGAGAACGAGGAUCAGUCGCUAUCAGUUGGGACUGUAAACACUGAAGCAUCAAUAGAGGCUACCCCUAGUUCAACGAUUGGUUUUCCACCGUCACAAUCUGCAACAGCUCCAGCUCCCCGAGCAAAUUAUCAAAAGUUUUCACAUUUUGUUACCGAUAUGGAAGAGGCAGGCCGAUUGGAUUUAAGAAGGGGUUUGUCUGAAAUAAUCCGAGGGUCGGGUGAUAUUUUGGGGAAAAUAAAAAGAAAAUCAGUACAUGACAGCAUUAAAGAUAUGACCAUUCGUGUGUUUGCGCGGCUGACUGAAGAUCAAGCUAUGAAGGAGUAUGUUAUAAAUAAUGUUUUUGAAAAAAGUCACCCUGGAGGGUUCCGACUUCUGAGGAAAGCGGAAGCUUUAGAACAUGUAGAAAUGUAUCAAGAUGUACAACGCUUUGGACCAACACAAGUUGAAAACUGUUCACUGAAGGAUGUGGAUAUUUGGACGACGGAUCUAAAAAAUCAAAUAAAUCACCUGAAGCUUUUCAAGUGUUUGGAGACGUUUGAGAAAUCGGGAAUCGUGUUUGUUUGGAAGAGAUACGAACCCCCUGAUAAUCUUGAGCGAGCAGUUGGCAACAGAGACAUUGCAGCUAUGCUGUGUUGGAGGCUCUACUGUUACCGAAUAUGCAAGGGCUACCAGUCAAGGAAUGAGGAAGAAAGGGAAAGAAUGGAUCAAGAGAAAAAACUGAAGAGUUUGGAAAUCUGUUUGAAGCCAGCUGGGAAAGAGUCGGGUAAAAAACUAGAAGUGCACAAUUUUGUUCUCGUGUUUGAUUUGCUGCAACAACUACUGCAAGUCUUGGAAGCACGAAGAGAAAUAAAUAGCAAUCAAUGGUCAGAAGUUGCUUCUAGAGAGAAGCUCCGCCAGUGCAUUCAAAUGGGUCUCUACAGUUCAACUAGGUGGGCUUCCCAUUCACUGCCAAUGAGGAUACAAAUAAAUCACGACUUAAUUGAGGAGCUUCUGAGUGACAAAAUCACUAAUGGAACUGAAGACGAUUCGAGUUCACAUUUCUCGAGGUCCACUGUAGACAGCAAUCUAUAAAAACGUAAUUCUCGUAUAAAUUUGCUUGCUCUAUUUUUUGUCAAAAAGUAUUUUUUUGUUUGCGGUAUAGUUAUCUGCUGUGUGGUGUUGUCAAUUUGCAUAAUUUUGUAAAUAUCUUCUGGAAAU